ACAUUAGAAUGUAUCUGCCAUUUGUUUUCUCAAUUUGUGAUAACUAAGGUAAAAAGAUAAAUGUUUCAUUUGUAAAAAAAAGAAGAUAAUAUCGUGUUAUAUAGGUGAAUGGGAUCCUUAAGCGCAAUCGCAGAUGAAGAAAGUACAGCGCGGGCGCGAUGUACCCCUUCAAUUCGAGCUUUCAAUCCACCCCCAUGAAAACCUACUCUUUAGUACUUCGGGUGCUACCGGAGCGCAUUACCACGAAGAUGGAUUCUUAAAUCGAUUUCUAUUCUUUUUCUUCUCCUUCUUCUUCUUUUAACGACACUAUAAAAUAUAAAUAAUUGUUAUCUCGAUCGGUAAUCAUUUCUCUAAUUGAUUUGUCAUCAAUUUACACAUGCGAUCAUAUUACAGUUGUUCAUGAUUACAGACUGUAAAAGAUCAAACGAUCAUUUCUGUUCGAUCGGUGAAAGUUUAAUCUCGGUGAAAUGUGUAAAAAAAAGAAAAAUCUUUCAACGAUUGACUUAAGUUCAAAGAAGACGUAUUAUCAUCAUUUUGAGAAGAGAAACGUGACAAGGCACGGAUCGUGAUUCGUUCAAAAAAUAAUUAUCAAUUUAAACUGGAGAUUAUUGUCAUCGUUGUAAGAUGCAAAGGAUUAUUUAAAAAUAUGCCAUGCAAUUUGGAAAAGCUCGAUAAUCCAUGAGCAAAGAUGAACGAUAGUCGAAUAUAAAAAAUGGCACCAUUCCACGGCAUGGUCCUACUGUUGCUAGGAAUUGGUUACCUGUUACACGCGGAACCAACUUUCGGUCAUCGCGAUAUAGGCAUAAUCGUGGACGACGUUAGAUCAAGUCACAAAGAUGAUCACGAAUAUUCACCAAUCGUAGCACAUUUUUACGAAGAACAUCUCGACGAGAAGAUGUACAAGAAAUUUCGUAUGAAAAGGCACACAUAUUUUUACGAUGAUCUUCCUCAAAACGUGACGGUUGCUGUUGGUCAAUCAGCCGUUUUGUCGUGUCGCGUAGAAAAUUUAGAAAACAGGACCGUAUCUUGGAUGAGAAAAAAAGACGUAAGGAUUUUAACGUCUAUGAAGACGACGUAUACAGCCGACAAGAGAUUCGUGAUAAUCGGUAAAUCGCCAAACUGGGAUCUGCAAAUUGAUUCUGUACAACCUGACGAUGCUGGUAUUUACGAGUGUCAAGUUAAUACCGAGCCAAAGAUGGACAGAACGGUCAAUUUAAAGGUUUUGGACGUACAAGCGAAAAUCCUUGGUUCCGAAGAGGUAUACGUGAAGAAAGGAAGUAAAAUAAGUUUGACUUGUACCGUCGACAUGCAGGACGUCCCACCGAGCAACGUGACUUGGUAUCACGCUGGUUCGGUCAUCGACUUUGAUAGUCCAAGGGGUGGCGUUUCUCUGGAAACUGAAAAGGGCAAGAGCUUUACCAAAAGCAUGUUGGUAAUAACGCGCGCGUUACUCAACGACAGCGGCAAUUACACGUGCUUCUCAAACAAGGCUGCACCAGCUAGCGUGGUGGUUCACGUGUUGAACGGGGAACAUCCUGCGGCGAUGCAACACGGAGGCAGCGACAGUGUCAACAGAAGAAUAAUCAUGUUCCUCGCGAUCGUUAUUCCGAUCGUGAUAUUUCGGUGAGCGAUGCUGAUUUUAUAUAUCGAACGAACGACGCGUUCCUGUAAUAUAUACCUAUAUAUAUAUAUAUACAUAAACGUAAGAGGAUGUUGGUGCGCGAAUGGAACUGUGAUCGCGAACUUCGAUGUACCUAAUAUGUAAAAACAAAUUGACUUUUCUAUCGACUUAGACAAUUUCAUGUAACCCGUUCUACUCUGAUCACUCUCGUACACACACAUCUACAUACACAGGACACAACAGACAAACACGAUGCGUAUCAUCGUAUCCUAUAAUACGGCGAAACUCAUCGCUGUAAAUUAACGUCGAUCUGUAUCAUUGCAUGUCGAUCCUGAAAUGUAUCAUUGCUACGGCCUAAUAAAUUUCU